AUUGUGAGACAGUUUCUAUAGUGAAAGCGAUAAGUGCGGACGAAAACAAUGAGUUUGAGUUAAAGCACAGGAGUGAUAACCGUUCUGUUUAGAAAUCGAAAUGAGUGCGCUGUUAUUUUUCCGAAAAUAGUGAAAGUAAUAAAGACACAAUAAUUUCAGUGAAUUUUCAAAUAAGUAAAAAACAUAGAUUUAUGCAAAUGAGAGAAAAUGUCUGUCAAAAAUUAUUUGCAAAUUAAAGUAUGAGCAUAAAGUUCUAAUUCUACGGCAGAAGUCAUAGAGAAAAGAAGAAGCAAAUCUUUCUGAAAAAGACUUAAAUAUUUUUAUUAUUUUUUGGUGGUGUCUUUGAGGGCAAACAAGUACAAAUAUUGUAAGAUUGUGAGUGUUUUCGAAAUUUGAGAGUAUUACAGUUUUUAAAAGAAAAACAAUUAACCGGGUUGCUACAGCAUUUUCCUUAUUAUUAUGGCCCAUAUACGUAUGUGCUCCGUAUAUUUCGCGCUUUUCAUAUUUGUUUGGAGCCAUGCUGCCAUAUCGGUGGAGCGAAAUAGCAACGCAUACACAUUACUUUUUGGCGGCGAGGCAAACAUAGCAAACUUACAUGAGGAGGCCAAAAUUUUGCGAGAAAAAUUAAGCGAACAUCGGCAGAGUUUAAGCAACCUACGGAAUAACUACGCAAGCCUGCAGAAACGUUUGGAAAAUCUGGAGAACACACAAAAGAAGCAAAGUAAUGAUAAUAUAUUGCAGAAGCUUCAAAAAUACAUCGUGUUGAAGCUCAACGCACAGAGCAAAGAGCUGGUGCAAAAGCAAAGUGAUUACAAAAAAAUCAUUCAAGACCUGUUCGAAACACAAAUGAAGACAUAUAAGAAAGAACUGAAGAAGUUCGAAACCAAAUUGUUGCAGGAAAUGCAAAGUGAACUCGGUAAACAAAAGCAUUGCACACAGGAUAGCGUUAAAAAUAGAAAACAGAUCGACAAGAAAACGCACAAAACACUAAUCAAUUUAUUGACAAAUCUAAAAAAUAAACCCGAAGAGAUCCUAAAGUUACCGCCAGAAGCUAUCGCAUUAUUGAACGACGUUACAAAUAUAAUUGAGACAUAUACCGAGGAAGAUAAAUUGCCUUCGUAUGCGACAUAUGUGCCGAAUACUUACGACAAAACGAUCGUAGUGAAUGCGCAGCCAAAAGUUGGUGUUGAAACCGCAAACAGCUGCCACGAAGCAAUUAAGUCGAAGCAAGCCACAGAAUCCGAGGAUGCAACAACAGCUGGCGGCAUUUACGCUUUGAAUAUGACGAAAUAUAAUUUGAACAACAUGUAUGGUUAUUGUUUACCUGAUCCGAGCGGAGACGAGACUUGGCUGCUCAUACAGCGACGUAUAAAUGACAAAUUAUCAUUCAAUCGCAAUUGGCAGGAAUACAAAAAUGGUUUCGGUGAUUUAACUGGUAGUUUUUUUAUUGGACUUGAGCGAUUACAUAAACUACUGUUGGGUUCGAAUUCCCAAUUAUGGAUACAAUUGGGCACAGCAACCAAUGAUAGCCCUUCUAGAAUGUAUACGAACUUUUUGAUAGCCAAUGAAACAGAACAAUAUCGAUUAGUAUCAUUGGAUAUCGAAAACCUUAGGGACGACCUGGUCAACGCAAAAGAUUGGAGUUUUCAAACAUUUGACGUCGGCAAUGAGUGUGCGAAGACAAUGCAAAGUGGCUGGUGGUAUAAUGAGACAAAAGAACAGUAUGUUUGCAGUAGUGGGAACUUGCAUACAAAACUUGCAAAUGUGCGCUGGAACAGCUGGGAUGACGUGGUUUAUGUACAUAUGGCGAUACGGCAUGUCGAUCCUGCACUAGAAGUCCAUAUUUCGUUGGAAUGAUAGAGAUGCAGAGGGGUACUUCGUAAGCGAGAAAGUGCACCAAAACAAAUUGUUGACGCUUUAAACGGAUUAAAUGCAAGAAUAAAACUUCAGCAGCGGCAUUUUAAAGAC